CCCCGCCUCUGCUCCUCUCUCCUCUUCUCCUCCCCAGCCCAGAGCCUGCUCCCCUUUCCCCAUGGGCAGCCCCUCGUCCCCAGAAGCCUGCAGAGAGCUCAGGGAGGGCCCGUGUAAUAGCCUUUGUGCCAGGUUGGUUGAGGACCCGGACGCAGACCCCAGAGGGGCUCCCGGGCCAGAUCGGGGGCCCAUAGUCACCAGGACAGCCUCGGGGCCCACCUUGGAGUUCUGGCAAGCCGUGCUGGUCGGGGACGUGGCCUCUGUCUCCCAUCUCUUGGCCUCCCCCGGCUCCGGCCUCGGCCCGGAUGUUGUCUUUGACACCAGCGACCCGGAGAGAUGGAGAGAGUUCAGAUUCAACAUUCGAGCUCUGAGGCUUUGGUCUCUCACCUACGUGGAAGAGCUGACCACCCCGAUCCACGUGGCUGCCGGCCGAGGCCAUGAGCAAGUCCUCCAGCUGCUGCUAAAUCGAGGAGCCCAGCCGGACGCGGCCCCCGGGGGCCGCACCGCCCUGCACGAAGCCUGCCUCUCUGGCCACCCGGCCUGCGCCCGACUCCUGCUGGUAGCCGGAGCCGACCCCGACAUCCCAGACCAGGAGGGGAGGCGCCCUUUACACCUGUGCCAGGGGCCCGACGCCCUCCAUUGCGCAGAGCUGCUGCUGAGGUUUGGCGCCAGCGUGGAUGGGCGAUCUGAGGAAGGAGAGGAAACUCCUCUCCACGUGGCUGCCCGAGGCGGGCUGGUGGAGCUGGCCGCAUUGCUCUUGAGGAAGGGAGCUUGUCCGGAUGCCCGCGACGCCGAAGGCCGGACCCCUCUCCUGGCUGCCUGCUCAGUGUCUUUCCUUCCCCCCGCUGAGGCCGAGGCCGAGGCGGCCACCUCUAGGUGUCUCCACCUGUGCCACCUGCUUCUCUCUGUAGGUGCUGAUGCUGAUGCCGCUGAUCAUGACCGGCAGCGGCCCCUGCAUCUGGCCUGUCGCCGUGGCAAUGUGGCUGUGGCUGAGCUCCUCCUGUCCCGGGGGGUCAGCGUCAACGCCAUGGACUACGGCGGCCACACGGCCCUGCACUGGGCCCUGCAGGGUCCCCCCGCUGCCCUGCCCUGCAGCCCAGAACAAGUGGUCCGAGCUCUACUCAAUCACGGCGCUGUCCGAAUCUGGCCUGGAGCCCUUCCCAAGGUGUUGGAGCGCUGGUGUGAAUUUCCCCGGAUAAUUGAGGUUCUGAUGAAUACCUACAGUUUUGUGAAGCUUCCAGGGGAGGCAGAGGACCUUAUUCCCCCAGAGGUCCUGAAGAAGCAUCAAGAUUUCUACUCUUCACUCUUUGCCUUGGUGGGUCGGCCAAGAUGCCUGAAGCACCUGAGCCGCCAUGCUCUCCGCUCUCACCUGGCUGAUUGCUUGGCCCAGGCCCUGCCCCAGUUACCCCUGCCUCCCAGCCUCCUUGGAUACCUCCAGCUGGACUUUGAGGACAUUCUCUAUUAGUCAGGAAGACCUGAGUACAAAUCCAGUCUCAGACAU